UGGGCUGGGCUGGGCGCUGUCCAGGCUGUCUGCACUCACUCUUGCAAGCUCCCCCACUGCUGUCCGCCCCCAGCCCGGUGGGGCCCCUCGUGGGGGAGGUGCGGCUCCUGCUGCAGGUGCCAAAGACCCCAAGGGACAGGCAACACCAGCCGGCCAGCAGCUGAAGCACGGUGUGUGGUGACCCCGUCCUGGGACCAGUACACUGUGGUCCUGCCACCAGCUGCCGCGGCUUGGUGUGGAAUUGGCCUCGCCAAUGCUGGGCUCCCUUCCCGGGGAACCGCCCCUCUCUCUGAAGGCGGCGCCACGGCCCAUGAUGGGACCCUACAACCCCUUUGGCAAACAGUGAGCGCGGCAGGUGCCGAGACCAGGGUGGCAUGGAGGCGGUGCUGGGUGCCACAUUGCCUGCCGCCCAGAACGGCAGCACCCUGGCACUCAACGCGUCCCACACACCGGGUGGCCAUGCCGGGGAGCUGUCGGAACACCAGCAGUACGUGAUCGGUCUGUUCCUGUCCUGCGUCUACACCAUCUUCCUCUUCCCCAUUGGCUUCCUCGGGAACAUCCUCAUCCUGCUGGUGAACAUCCGCUUCCGCGAGAAGAUGGCCAUCCCCGACCUCUACUUCAUCAACCUGGCGGCAGCCGACCUCGUGCUGGUGGCCGACUCCCUCAUCGAGGUCUUCAACCUGGACCAGCAGUACUACGAUGUGGCCGUGCUCUGCACCUUCAUGUCGCUCUUCCUGCAGGUCAACAUGUACAGCAGCGUCUUCUUCCUCACCUGGAUGAGCUUCGACCGCUACGUGGCCCUGGCCCGAGCCAUGCGCGGGGGCCUCCUGCGCACCAUGCGGCACGCCCGCCUCAGCUGUGGCCUCAUUUGGAUGGCAUCGGUGUCUGCCACGCUGGUGCCCUUCGCGGCCGUGCACCUGCAGCGCCGGGGCGAGGCCUGCCUCUGCUUCGCUGACGCCAAGGAGGUGCAGUGGCUGGAGGUGACCCUGGGCUUCCUGGUGCCCUUCGCCAUCAUCGGCCUCUGCUACUCACUCAUCGUGCGCGUGCUGGUGCGGGCACACCGGCACCGCAGCCUGCGCCCGCGCCGCCAGAAGGCCCUGCGCAUGAUCCUGGCUGUGGUGCUGGUGUUCUUCAUGUGCUGGCUGCCCGAGAACGUCUUCAUCAGUGUGCACCUCCUGCAGCGCGCCCCACCCGGCGCCGCGCCCUGCAAGCAGUCCUUCCGCCAUGCCCACCCGCUCACCGGCCACAUUGUCAACCUGGCCGCCUUCUCCAACAGCUGCCUGAACCCGCUCAUCUACAGCUUCCUCGGAGAGACCUUCAGAGACAAGCUGCGGCUCUACCUGGAGCAGAAGCCAGGAGUGUCGGCCCUCAACCGCCUGUGCCACGUGGCCCUCAAGGCCGUGGUCCCCGAUGGCACUGAGCGGCCCAGCGGGAGGCUGAGCAGCGCUGUGGCAUGUGGCGGGCAGAGCGAACAGCCCUGUGUGGGGGACGGGGUCUGGCUCACAGUGCAGCAAACACCGAAGGAACCUGGUGCCAGGCAGCCCAGAGCAGCACCCCAGCCUCGGAACCCCCGGCACAGCCUCCCACAGGAGCCACACACGCAACAGCCCAGGGGCCACAGCCCGAGUCCACCCUGUGCGCCCAGCUCCCUCACUGACACCGUCUGACACUGGCCAGUCCCAGCUGGACACACUUGGAGUGGGGUGAAGCAACAUCUGGAGACCAAGAGGCCUGAGGCUUCCCAGGCACCCAGGAGGCAGCAAAGACCGGGCUCUCCAUCACACCCACACCCACGCUGGUGCCCACCUGUGCCCACACUCACCCACACCCACAACCACACCUCACCAGCCCCAGUGUCCAACUCCACCCACACCCACACAUGUGCCCCCCAUACCCACACACCAGCACCUACACCUGUGCCUGCACCCAUCCCACACACAACUGCACCCACCCACACAUGCAGCUACAAACACACACCAGCACCUACACCUGCGCCUGCACCCUCCCACACCCACACCUGCACCUGCACCCACACCCACAUACACCUGCACCCAUACACACUCCUGCACCCACCCCCGCACCCACACCCACAUACACCUACACCCAUACUGCACCCCCCGCACCCACACCCACACCCACACACACCUGCACCCACACCUGCGCCCCCACACAUGUCCCUGCACCCACCCCUGCACCUACACCCACACACACCUACACCCAUACCUACACCCCCCGCACCCACACCCACAUACACCUGCACCCACACCUGCGCCCCCACACAUGUCCCUGCACCCACCCCUGCACCUACACCCACACACACCUACACCCAUACGUGCAACCCCCGCACCCACACCCACAUACAACUGCACCCACACCUGUGCCCCCACACAUACCCCUGCACCCACACCUGCACCUACACACACACCUACACCCAUACCUGCACCCCCCACCCCCACACCUGCACCCACACCUGCACCUACACCUGCACCAAUCUAGCCACACCUGCGUCCACACCUGCAUCCACACCCACAACCACCUCCAUGCCCACACCUGCACUGGCCCCUGCCCAAUCACACUCACCCUGGUGCCAGCUGCCCUCCUCCAAGGCCUGCCCGAUAUCCCCUCGUGUUGUGGGGGGAGCCUUGAGCAUGCGGCGGGGCACGGGGAGACCUGAACAGCAUGUGGGGGCUGGGUGUGCUGUAUAAACUCAUUAAACACCCCAGAGCCAGCAGAACUGUCCCCGUGGGUUCCUCACAGACCUGGAGCUGCACAGGUGGUUUCAGGCCAGGCCAAGCUCUUCAAGGUGGUGGCCGCAGAGCCCGAAGUCAGUCCCACCCGCUGUAGGACCCUCAGAGCCCAUAGUCAUCCCCACCCUGCCACCGGCUGUGCUGGGCCUC